GGGAUGAGGGCGAUAUCCGUACACCGGCCUCUACUACGGAACCCUAACCAGGUUCCUCCCAUCCAGACGUACGCGCGCCGCCAACCUCUCGUACGUCUCAUGGCAAUGGCUUCCUUGCUCAUGCGGGCAUCCCAUGCCGCUUGCUCCGCAGCACGCUCAUGCUUCGCCCGCUUCUGUGAUAGAAUCAAUCUCUCACUGACGCCGGCGGUGGCGGCCGCAUCUCACACAGACAAGUUGAAAGAAGUUAGGGUGAAGUUCGUAGCAGAGGAGAAGUCCAUUUGGGAUUUGUACAAGCGCUGGUGCAAGGCUUUCAGCGUGGAGCGUGACCAUGCUGAGAUGCUCCACCGCUUCCCUGCGUUCAAGGCUUCUGUGCUGUUUGUCCAUCACACCAACAACAGGCCUAAUCUCUCCUACAAACUGGAAAUAACCAAAAUGGCCGACGGAAAGCUCAGGGAAAUCUGCAUUACUGGCAAGCGGCCUGACUAUCAGCUUCGCAGGGAGCUUGACUUUAAACCUGCUCUCUUCAUAGGUAGCUAUCGCAGAUGCUUGAGGCGGGUCUACAAUGAUUUUGAAGUGGUCGAUGGCAGAUUGUACGUUGAUUUACCUGAGGGGCUUCAGCUUUGGAACCCCAGAUCAUGAUGCGAUCGGCAGCGGCGGCAACAAGCAGAUUGGCGAGUCAUCUGCAGUUUUCUUUAAAGCUAGCAGUGGCAAACUUUUGAAGCGGGUCUACUCUGUUUUUGAAGUGGUCAAUGGGAGCCUGUUUGUUGAUUUACCAGAUGGGAUUCAUCAGCUGGGAACCCCAAAGGAUGAAUAUGGACUCUGAAUCUGCAAUACUCCAUGCGUCACCACCAAGCCUGAAUAUCUCCUAUGAGUCUUCUGCAUGCCAUGGAAUGCAUAUGCUGACUCUUCACUCCUGCAAAGAACACGUCUAUCUCUACUAAGUUGUGCCUUGCCAAUGCAUGCAAAUCUUCCAAAGUUGUAUGCUUCUGUCCCGAGUCAUGAAUAUUUGUGCUGGUCAAGGAUGUUUUUAAGUUUCCCUAAAGGUUAUAUAAUAAUUCCAGAUUCAUCCACCUGUUCUAAUUCAUUGGAGUUAUCUUUUUUGAGAUAAAACUGUAUCAGUUGGAACGCUAAAUUCUCUCCAAAUAACA